CUCCUCUGGGAGAAGCGGCACGAACUGGAAAAGGCGGCAGCGGGCUCGGCCCAACCGUAUUGGCCCCUCCCCUUUGUCUGGCACGUUACCGCGUUCCAACGUGAUGGCGUCACGGCGCCUCAGGGCCACAGCGGCGGGCGGUUUCCAUGGCGUCCGCGGCGUCCCUGGACUUGGGGCGGCUGGUGCAGGAGGCCGAGGCGCUGGCGAGCGCGGUGCGGGGCGCGCUCGGGCCGCGCGGGGGGCAGGUGCUCGUGACCCGCCCUACGGGAGAGACGCUGCUCACGCGGGACGGGAGGCGAGUGCUGGAGGCGCUGAACCUCGGCCCGCCUACGGCCAGAAUGAUAGUAGCUUGUGUCUCCAGUCACCACAGCAUGACUGGAGAUGGUGCUAAAACAUUUAUCAUCCUGUUGUCCAAAUUACUCAGAGGACUUCAAGCAAUUCUUGAUAAAAGAGAAGGAUCUCCAUUUUGUGAGGAUAUUCAAAGGAGCAAGAGAGAUCAAAAACAUUGUCACAGUCUGAAGCAAAUAUCUCAGUCUCUUAUGACAUUUCAGACUCACAUAUUGGACCACAUCAUGGCACAAGACCUAAGAAAACAUUUUCUAUCUGCUUUUUCUAGUUGGGAAGGAGAGAUAAGUAGGGACACAAUGGAGUCAAUAUUAGAAGCUUACUUUUGUGGAAGAAUAGGAAAUAGUCAUCAGAAGCUUCUUUCCCAAUUGAGUUGUGAUUUCUAUUACAGGUGUAUACCUUUCAAAAAUGGUAAAAAUGAAAUGCUGGAUUUGGUGAAUAAAUAUUUUGUAGAAUUGCAUUCUGCUGUAACAGGUCUUCCUGUUUCAAAUUCCAGGAUCUUAGAGGGACUUGUUCUUCACAGAGAUUUUGCUGUGUACUGUCCAGCAGAUGGUGACAUAAGAAUGUUAAUUGUAACGGAAUCGAUCGACUCUGCUCUUUCUGCCUCUGGUUUAGAAUUUGUUGUAAAUGCAGAAGUUCAGUAUCAGGCUUCCCAAGUCUGGAUUACAAAAAGAACAGAAGCUAUAAUGAAACACUUGCAAAACAACAAUAUAAAAGUAUUAUUGUCAAGUGUGAAACAACAGGAAAUAGUUAUUUACUAUGCAAAAAUAAGUGGUAUAUCUAUUGUAGAGUGUUUAUCAUCAGAAGAAAUCUCUCUUCUCUGCAAGACCACAGGUAUCUCACCUUUUAUACCUACUCAGGACAAUAUACGUAGUGAGAUCUCCGAAACCAUGAUAGCAAAAUUUUGUCGGCCUCUUGUACUUGGCUCCAAGAGAUAUGUUCAUCUUGGUUUGACAAGGACAUGUGCUUUUGAGCCUCAUUGUGUAAUAUUUUGUGGACCAAUGCGUGGUGUCACUGAGCAGCAUGCCUCUGCUUUUCACGGAGCAUUUAAAAUGUUACAACAACUAUUUAAAGAAGUUGAUCUGAGUGACGAAUGUGAAGCACAACCUGAAAACACAAAUAAUGCUUCAAAAACUGUACAUUGUAGUUGGCAACAGUCAGCUACUCAACAAAAAUUCAUAAUGGAGAAUAUUUCUUGUAAUAGGGAAAAGGUCAAUGAUCAACAACUGAAAACAUCUAUGGCUGAAACAGAAAAACAGUUUAUAGACUCUUCUUCAUGGGUAGAUGAAAAUCCAUCAUGUAAUCAAACAGACUUGAAAAAAUCUUCAGACCUAGCCAUGCCCCUUGUAAAAUUAGAGAGUGAUUUUAUGUUUCCAGCUCUAAUUGACAGAGGUAGUUCUGUAAGAGAGUUACAGAAACCACCACUGAAAUGCAAGCAUCCAAGUGAAAUGUGGGUAAUGAAUAAUAGUGAGCCAGUUGUCGUCAAUCACAGGAUUUGUAAUGAUGCUAUGACAGCAAUAGAAAACACCAGUACAUCAGUUGUGUCCAAACAGCUGAAUGCUGCUCAAGAGUAUUGGAAACCAGGCAAUCCUAUAGUUCCAUUUGAGUAUGAGAAGAGUUAUAAACACACAGUCCAAAGUUACACCAACUUGGUCAUACAGGCAGGAUCAGUUUUGCCAGUUGGAGGUAACUUUGAGAUCCUGUUACAUUAUUAUCUCCAUUCCUAUGCAAAACAAUGCCAACAACCAAAAAUAACUGUUAUUUCUACUAUAAUUGCUGAUGCAUUGCUAAGCAUUCCAAAAAUCCUUUACAGGACAACAAAAGAGAACAGUUUUACUCAGGUCUAUUUCAAAGCCACUAGUGCACUUCAAACUAAUCAGCAGCUGCCCAUGCAUCAACAAGGUCUAGAAUCGGUGUAUUGUAAAUAUCAGUUAGUAGCUUCUGUUCUUCAUUGUCUUACAAAGCUUCUCACUAUUGAUUUAAUAAUUGGUAUUAAGAGACCACCUCAAAAGACUGAGGUUAAUGAUUCAGAAGAAGAUUUAUGAAAACAUUUUUGUUUCUCCUAUGUUGUUAUUGGAAGAUUUUGAUUCAAUUAUAUUAAGCCAAUGAUAUUACUUUAGAAACACUCAGGGCCGGCUCCAGGCACCAGCUUAGCAAGCAGGUGCUUGGGGCGGCCACUCCGGAGCAGGGUGGCAGGUUCAGGUAUUCGGCGGCAAUUCGGUGGAGGGUCCCUCACUCCCGCUCGGAGCGAAGGACCUCCUGCUGAAUUGCCACAGAUCGCGAUCACAGCUUUUUUUGGCUGCUUGGGGCGGCAAAACCCCUGGAGCCAGCCCUGGAAACACUGCUUUUAAUUUAAAACCUUUAUUUCCAAUUUAUCUAUUUUGGUAUUAAUAGGUAUUAAGGUUGUGGCCCGCCCUAACGGAUUUUCCCAGGAAAGUCACAACUAGCUAACUUUCCUUUGAAGGACACGGAUAUAGCCCUCCGCUCAAGAAUAGGCAACAAGCAAUAAAUUGUUCAAAAACAAAAAUACUUAUUUAGAAGUGAAUAGUUACAGUAAAAGGGUAGAGAUAGAGGUAAUAGAGUUACAGUAUAAACAUGAAGCGGCGUGGCAAAUAGACACAGCCCUACUAUUACUGUUUCAAUUAACUAUCACAUAUAACAAUAUGAUCAUUCACUUUAUACCUUAUAACAAUAUUUAUUACAUAUACCAGUUAGGGCUGUCAAGUGAUUAAACAAUAAUAGAAUACCAUUUAUUUAAAUAUUUUUGGAUGUUUUCUACAUUUUCAAAUAUACUGAUUUUAAUUAGAACACAGAAUACAAAGUGUACAGUGCUCAUUUUGUAUUUAUUUUUUUAUUACAACCUAAUACUGUAGUGCAAUCUCUUUAUAAUGAAAGUUGAACUUACUGAUUAGCAUA